CUUACUCCUUUUUGCCGGACCUGUGGCCAGCCAUCUUAGAAAAUCAAAGAGUAAUCAUGACACUUCAGGCAUAAUGUUUUCUUUUCGGUUUGUACCCUCUCUAAACUAGUCCAGAUGAGAGAGAGCUCCAUUUUCACUGCUUCGCAUCUCUCUCCAAAGAAGCAGAUGAAGAAGACGACUCCAAAUAGGACUGUUCGCGCCUCCUUCUCACCCGGUCUUUUCGUUUUUGGGAGUAAUGGUAGUGCUGCCCGUUCAAGCUCCAAUGCUCUAAUUUCCGUAUCAGGAAUGGGUGAUUUUGGGAAAAAAAAAAAUAUACUGCAGCUGCAGAUGAGAAGUCAUAUUGUCCUGAAUGCGAGGGGCCUGCCUCAUCAUUGUUGCCAUAUGCAUAAGGCUGCUCACUCGUCUCUGGUUCUGCUGCAUCAGUGCCGUUGAAUAUUUGAUCAUUUGGAUUACGUGUCCCGAUGAAGUUGUGCAGUGUACAGCAUGCCAUGAUAAUGCCAGGUUGACAUGUCAAUAAGUACCUAGGCAUAUCGUACAAAAUACGCCAUCUCCUCUUUAAUCUAGCGAAGCAGUUCUCAAUCAUCAUUCGUAGUGAGGAGUGUCUGAAAUUAAACAGUUCCUUGUACCCACGGGGUAGAGGCCUAUUACGAAAAUGGGAGAGAUGAUACCUCUCCCCUUUAUACGGAGGCAAGAAACCUCGUGUGCAUGGGUAUGCAGAAUCAGCCACAUAAUAGUGCCCUUCAUAAAUAAAAUACCCAAAGUUUAUUGAAGAGCAUGAAUUUUUAUGAUAUAUAGAAAAUUACGCAAUUGUAUGCAACGUACUAACCAUCUGUAGGCCACUCAAAGCCUUGGUCAGUUGUAACAGCAUCCUUGAAAAUGCGGCCAUCGUUCGCGGAUCCCUCCCAG